AUGACUGUUUCUCUCACUGUCGAGUCUGGGAACUCCCCCCACAAGAAAUCAGUAGUACUGCUCCUACCUUGUAGCAAUUUGGAAUUUUGUUGUUAUUUAUUUCUCUGUUAAUUAAUAAUAAUAAUAAUGUUUUAUUAUUUUUUACAAGUGGUUAAUAAUUAGGGAUGACAAAGGAUCGGGUCGGGAGCGAGUAGUGUAUAUUUGUUACCCUAUCCAAAGUAGUUCGAGUUUUACCCAUACCCACAUAAGAAACAGGUAGAAAAUCAAAACCAUGUCCAUACCCGUUCGGGUUUCGGGUAUCCACGGUUAUCCAUGGAUAUUAAUUUCUCUUUAUAACUCCAACCAAUAUGUUAAUAUUCACACGUAUUAUCACAUUAUAUAAGAGGAAAAGUAUGACAAUAAUUCACUAGUAUGAAGAAAUUAAUUAAAACAACACAAUUUCAUGAAAAUGUUAUAUUUAUAUGCUAAAUAUAAAAUAUGUUCAAGACAAAUAAUGAUUAUUUCUAGAUCAAAUACAUAUGCAUGAGUGUAAUCGGGCGGGUUCGGGUUGGAUAGUGAGAAAACCAUACCACCCAUUACCCGCAAUAUUCGGGUUCGGAUUUUACCCGUACUCACUAAAACUUCUUCGGAUUCGGAUUUUACCCUACCCAAUUAGGUCGGAUUCGAGCGGAUACCCACGGUUACGAAUAUUUUUGCCAUCUCUAUUAAUAAUAAAUAAAAAAAAUGUUUCGGUUGUGCUCCAAGUUCACACUUUCAUUUUUGUUUCUAUCAGCUCCUUCUUCUUUUUUUUUCCUUUCUUUCCUUUUCUUUCUUCUUAUCCUCCGCCAACCUAUUUCAUCGAGUAAAGAGACAAGAUUAAGGAUCGUAAAUUACCUGAGGAAAAUCUAAACUACAGGCGCAAAAAAAUAUCCGAACUAAAUUGUCAUUUUCAGUUGACAAACAAAGCAGUAUAUAGCGAUUUGUUUAAUCAUGAAGGAGAGUGUUUUAUUUGGUGUGAUGAGGUGCAAAAUCAAAACGGUGCACUUGUUCUACAAUUUCCACAACAAGAGUGGAGUUUAGACGACUCCUCAGUCCUCAUUAAUUGGCUCUAAUCAUCUCAAUCUGGUCAACGUGGUUUCUCAUCUUUCCUUUUCUCAUGUCACUCUCGAAUUUGUGAUAUUUUGAUUUUUUUUUUUCAUCUAAUAAAUAAUUUAAAAAACAUUGUUAUUUAAUCUUAAAUCUUAUCAAGGGUUGAUAAUCGGUUCGGUUCGGUUAGUCGGUUAUCGAUUAAUCAUUAAAUACUUUGUGUUCACCGUUAACUACACCAUUUAAAUUAGUCGGUUAACUGUAAUCAUAUAGUCGGUUCUCGGUUAUUUUGUCGGUUAACCGAAUAACCGUUAACCAAGUGAUUCGGGAAAAAAAUUAAUUGCCUAAGUUUCAAAAUAAAAUUCCCAUAAUACCACACUUAAAAAAAAAACCAAGUUUGGCACGUUUCGCCACACAGACAAUCGAACCACAUAAAAGUUCAUAAUAGAGAGUUCGUUAGCGCAUUCACCCACUUGGUGAAAGCAUGUAUAUCAAAUGAGGAGUUUGAGAUGCGAUGGGAGUGUUUGAUUACUGCGCGUGGUUUGUAUGCAAAUAAGUGGUUGCGGGAUUUGUACGCUGACAAAUUACUUUGGGCAAAGGCAUACUUGAAGGAUAUUUAUUCCGGUGGACUCCAAUCAACCCCACGAUGUGAGUCAUGUAACCAUUGGAUAAAUGAGUAUGUGGGAACUCAAUACAGCUUGCAACGUUUUGUUCAGUGCAUUGAUGAAGCACUAAAGGGGAUGCGUUUCACGAAGGUGCGGGAUGAUUAUUCUUCUAGGCACACGAGGUUGGUCUGCAAGCAUGCCCUUCGCACAUGGGAAAUGCAAGCUGAAAGUAUCUACACACAUCGUAUAUUUUCUAUCUUUAAGUCUGAACUAGAGAAUGAAGCUUCUUAUGUAUUAACGAAGACAAUAACUAAAUCAGAUGGGACAGAGACAUUCAUCCUGAAGCUGCAUGAACCCGAAUCGGAUAAGGAGGUUAACAUUUACUACGACCAAUCAACAUCUAAACUGUGAGUGUACAUUAUUUGAAUCUAAGGGGGUUCCAUGCAAACAUAUGCUUACAGUCAUAAAGAAUAAGGGACUUACAGCACUACCCUCGACGUGGCUCAAGUUUCGAUGGACCCAAAAUGCAAAGACACUAUCUUGUAAUCCUAGAGCUGGAGGUGAUGUGGCAGAUAAAGUUGGUCGACUGAUAAGACAUGAGGGAUUGUCUCUAAAGUGUAAGCGUUUGUGUGACAUCGCGUGUGGUAGUGAAGCUUCUUUUAAUCGUGCCUCUAAGGUGUUGGAUGACCUUACUCAAUGGGCAAUUGAGUUUUCGAGGGCGAGAAUGGACACCACUGCACCUGCAAACCCUCCAACACCCCUUCCAAGUGUGAAAGACCCAAAAAUUGGGAAGACCAAGGGAACAAUCAAGUUAGCACGAAGUGCAUCCGGCAAAAGAAUAAGAAAGUGUUUGAAAUGUGAGAAAUUUGGUCAUUUUCGCCUGAAGUGUAAAAAAAAAAGAAGCCAAAAAAGCAUAAAUUUCUAGUACCGUUUUUUAGAAGUUUAUAUUUUGUAAUUAUGAUUGCAGCGUUUUAUUUUCGAAUUAUCUUCAUAAUAUAAGCGUUAGUUGAUUGUUGGUUUAUAUUAACUGGAACAGAAAAAAUGAUCCACCUGAUAUAAGAACAGGUCGACCAUUUGUUAGGCGUGGUCUAGGAGUGGGCAACGGGAUGGGACGGGAUACCCGUCCUGUUUAAAACGGGUACUCAGUCCCAUUUGGAGAGCAAUCACCAUCCCAUAUCCCAAACCCGUACUGAUUAACUGAUCCCAUUACCUAUACAGAACGGAUAACGGAUACCCAUACUACCCGUAAAUACACCGAAGCCGGCCAGCUCCCACCUUAGACCUCUUAUUGUUCAUAACUUACGAAACACAACAAUGCUCACAAGUCGCAGUGGUAACUGGUAUAAUGGUACUAGUCAAAACCCAAGCCAACUCCAAAGGUCACACCAAUAGUCCCAAGUCCCAACCAAACAGCUAAACACCCAUAGACCACAGUCUCUCUUUCUCUCUCUUUCUCUCUGCCUGAUUACUGAUUCCGCCCCGGCCGCCCUCCUUCCACAGUGCUAGCCACGCCAAACAAAUGCAAACACCACUCCCCUUGCUUUCACCUCUCUUGCUCUCGCUCUUCUCCACUCUCCUACUUCCUCUCUUGUUCGCUUUGCUCCUACCGUCCGCUCCUCCUCUUUCUGUCUCUGCGUUCCUCGCCAUGGAUGCGCCCUAGACGGCUACCAAUUUCCUUUCCACUUUCCCCACCCUUCCAUUUUCAUAUAUAUCCAUCCCUCCCCCCAACCUCCCUUCCUCUCUUCCAUAUUCUUCUCCUCCUUCUCCUCCUCCAAUCUCUCAGUCACAGCUCCACCGCUUCCUUUUGUUUUUCCCUCCCUUGAUAGUGAAGCAAUGUUGGUGGAUCUCAACCUCAGCGUCGUUUCCCCUUACCCCGGCGAGAUGGACGGCGGGUGUGGUGGGAAUAACAGAAAGCGGGGUUUGUUGGACUUCUCGUCGUCUAACAACAAUAACCAAGUGGAGAGCUCCGGGAGCUUCGAUUCCUCCUCCGUCGUCAAUGUCGACCGGAAUGCCGGCAAUGCUGCUGCUCCCGGCGACGAGGACUCCUGCUCCAACACGGGCGACGAUGUGUUCGGCUACAGUUUCCGUAUCUUGACGGAGCAACAGCGGGACAUGAAGAAGAUGAUGGCACUUGAGGAUGAGGAUAACAAUAAUAAUAAUAAUAAUAAUCAUGAUGGGACUAUUCAGCUCUUCCCCGUCGGCGGAGGCGGUGGGGGAAGGGGAGGUGGAAUCGACGCGCUGGCUCACUGUUUGCGCUCCAGGAGGCAAUGGCUGGAUCUCGGUGGGAGGGAGGUUGAGUAUGGCGGUCUGGCAGAGAAGAUUGUCGCUCAGGUUCAGCAGCAGCAGCAACAGCAACAGCAGCAGAAGCCUCCGGCGAAGAAGAACCGCCGUGGUCCUCGCUCCAAGAGCUCCCAGUAUCGCGGCGUCACGUUUUACCGGCGGACCGGCCGCUGGGAAUCCCACAUUUGGGAUAGCGGGAAGCAAGUUUACCUUGGGGGAUUCGACACUGCUCAUUCUGCCGCUAGGGCGUAUGAUCGAGCUGCUAUCAAAUUCCGUGGAGUCGAUGCUGAUAUCAACUUCAAUGUCAGCGAUUACGAUGAGGAUAUUAAGCAGAUGAGCAAUUUUACCAAGGAGGAAUUCGUUCAUAUCCUUCGUCGCCAGAGCACUGGAUUCUCAAGGGGAAGCUCCAAGUACAGAGGAGUGACACUCCAUAAAUGUGGGAGAUGGGAAGCUCGAAUGGGCCAGUUUCUGGGAAAGAAGGCCUAUGAUGAAGCUGCCAUCAAAUGCAAUGGGAGGGAGGCUGUCACCAAUUUUGAUCCCAGUUCAUAUGAUGGAGAUAUCACAUCUGAGGUGAUCAAGCCUGAAGAUCAAAGUCUCGAUCUGAACUUGGGCAUUGCACCUCCUGAUGCAACUGAAUCCAAAAGGCUAAACAGCAGUGUAGGUGGUGGCUUUUGCCUACCAGGUGGCCUGGAUUCUAUGUGCUUGGACAAGAUCCCCAGGAUCUUCAACUCUACUUCAGCAGCAAUGAACAGUCAUCAACUGUCCCGUGGUCCUGCCAUGGGGGCUGGUCCAAACCCCGGUUCCUUUCCUAUCUCUAAGGAAAGAGCAAUGGAGAAGAGGGUGGGGAUGGACCCUAUGCUAAACUGGGCAUGGAAAAUGCAUAGUCCAUACGGCAGGGAAAACAUCGCACUGCCAUUCUUCUCUACUGCAGCAUCAUCAGGAUUCGUCGCUUCUUCGACAGCUACUACGACUACUACUACUGCACCGAUUUCAGCUGCAGCAGCUCCACAACUUCACUUCCCAAAAUCGACCAUCCUCCACCACCAUUACUCUCCUGCGUCCGGCACCAUCUUCUGAGUUCUAUAGCUAGCAUGGAACGGGAGAAAAUGAUCCCAGCUGGAAGUUUCAUCGACUCGUCUAACAUUUUAGCCAUAAGUAUCAGAACCUCCUUCUCCUUGUCUCCUCAAUUUUUACUAGGGUAAAAAGCUGAGAGAGUGUAAUUUGAUUGGUACGCUCCAACUCCAAUUGCAACUAUGUUCUAUGUAGGAGAGAUGUAAUUUUCCCCUCCCCUCCCUUUAUCCCCCAGCUUUUUUUGCAAAGCUCCUCUAUCACAAUUGGAAAUUUUUUGACCUUCGCGGCUCUGUGUAAAUAUAUGAAUCAAUUGUCAUUUCCCACCUACUGUUCGUCUGUGCCUGCAUUCUCCACUACAGGGGUUAUAACAUCAAAUUGCAAAUGCCUUCUCUUCCCACCAAUGUAAGAUAGCCUAACGGUAAAGCUGCUGCGACAGUAAAGGUUUGGGUUGCAGAUCCAGGUUCGAAUUCAAACGAGGCCCGUUGGUGUUCCCAGAAGUAUAAGGCCUGCUGGGGGCGAAGCUCCAUUGACGUCGAAUCGAGUGCAAUCUCAUCGUUUCCGGGUGUGUCCCUUGUGUUGCUGCCGAUCUAGACGACUAGAGCGCCCCCGUCGAUUCGAAUCCCCUUGCUUCCUUCAAUGGCUUCUUUCUUUUGAUUGUGGAACCAGAGGUGGAAAAGAGAUGGUGCGGAGAAGAGAGGUCGGACCUCCUUUCCAGAAGAAGAAGAGAUGGUGCGGACCUCCUUUAAUUAAUAAUUAAUUAAUUAAUAAGUUAUAAAGGUUGACCGGCUGAUGUGGCAAUUUUCGUUGACUGCCACGUCACAAUAUCUCUUCCACAUCUGCGUAGGAUAUGCCAACUCACCAUCAUCUAACGAAAGUGUUAAUAAAGACUUAACGGUUAGCUAAUAAUUUGUAUUUUGAUAAUUGUGACUAUUAUUUCUCGUUGCUUAAUAGUUCUAGCUAAUAUAUUGUAUUUAUAAUUAUGUUAAGAGUAAUGAUAAAGUAAUUUUAGUUUGAUUAUAGAAUACAAGAGCUAGACCGAAAAUGGACAAAAAUGAAUUUGAGAGGUAUUUUCCGGGGAAAUUAAUGAUGUAGACUUCUUCUUGUUCAUACUUUUUUUGGGAUGUCUUCAUAUUCAUACUUGUUGGUUUGUUGCUAUGCCAAACCAAUUGACCGCUACAUUUUGGUUAAGGGUUAUAGGUAUAAUAUGCUCCUCUACUAUAACGUUUUAUCAAACAUGCUCCUCUAUUAUUUUUUACAUCAAACAUUCCCCUGUACUUUGGAAAACUUAUCAAACAUGCCCUUUUGCUAAAAUUUCCAUCCAAAAAUCGUUAACCAAGACCGAACUUUGGUUUGGCGGCCCAAAUAUCUAAAAUAUCUCUAAUAAUUUCACUCUAGAGUUUUUUUUGUUCUUUUGUAUAGCCAAAUAAUUAUAAAAAUUUCACUUUGAUGAGACCUAGAGAAAUAAAGCAAGGAUCAAAGCUGACAUUUCCCCUCCCAUUUAUAGAUGUCAGGUCGUCUAAAUCUCGGUUCAACCAUGAUUGACGAUUUUUUCAAUGGAAAUUUUAACUGAAGGGCAUGUUUGAUAGUUUUUCCAAAUUACAUAGGCAUGUUUGAUGUAAAAAAUAGUAGAGGGGCAUGUUUGAUAAAACGUCAUAGUAGAGGGGCAUAUUAUACUUAUAACUCUUUUUGUUAAUCAUGAAUCUUGGGCACUUGUUUUGGCCAAUACCAGUUGGGAAAUUCCUACAAUACUUUGAAGUUACUGUAACUUGAUGUUUUUGACCUGUUAUAACAGGUUUCACAAGUCGUAUUACGUAAAAAAUAAUAGGCAUUACGUAAUGUGUGUUUAUCUUACGUAAUAUUUGAAAAUAUCAUUACGAAAAUCUUAUGUAAUAGACACUCAUUUACGUAAUGAACUUGUUAAUUCUGUGCAAAUUUUUUAAAAUUUGAUUUAAAAAUAAAGGUCCAAAGUGAUAUCAAGGUGGUAAUGAGUGUAAUCGGCCGUAUGAACUUUUUUUCUUCCAUGUUAAACAAUAAAAAUACUUGCCGAUUAAAAAAAAAGUAGAAAAAUAAAAGGGCUUUUAAUAUCACCCUUUAGUUCUUACACACUCAAAAUCCAGAUCACGUUAUGCACCGGACCCUAGACCAAUAUUAUGCGAUUACAUCUAAUUUUUAUCAAUAUUUCAUAGUUUUUCAUUCUAAAUUCAGAUACACUUAUUUUCAUGCAAUCCUUUUUGGUGGAUUUUACUCUGUGUUUACAAAAAUGAGUGUAUAAUAUGCGCUAGGAGUGAUAUUUGGUUAGCGGUUAAUUCAUUAAACUAUUCAAUAACCAAUGAUCAAUGAUUAUUACCGUUAACCAACCAAUUAUAAGUAGUGGUGAGAUUAUAAAUAAGUCGGAAUGACUUGCGUGUAUUAACCAAUUAUAAGUUAGUCGUGAGAUAAUCGAUAGACUGUAACGGUUUACGUGUAACCGAUAAUCGAAUAAUCGGUUCACCAACAACUAACAUAGUAUAUAUAUAUAUAUUUUUCUCUUCCCCAUCGGCCAUGUCCGUCACAAAUAAACUAUUGAUCUUCGAACAAACAAUCUCCCCCUUGCUCCGACCUUCUUCAUUCUUAUCCAAUUUCCUCCUAGUGUGAACCCUAAAAUUGAGAAAGGCAAAGAGCACCACCGACUUCAUGAUUAGAAUGUAAACAUCAAGAUUGAAUUAAGAAGAUCAUAUAUCUCCUGCUAGAGUUCACUCUUCUCCUUUCUCUCUCUCUGCUUUCUUCUCACUGUCACAAUAGGAACAAUAACUCGAACUCAAAUCACUAAUCUAGCAUCUCUCCAAAGACUACGACACCAACAAAAUCCUAACCCACCUUCAAAUAGAAACUUCUUAGUCUCGUCUCUGAAAUAUUGGGGGGAACAGCCAAAACCGAGCUCAUCUUCUGCAUUUGUGCAUGCAAUGGUGGUGGUAGAUCGAAGCAUUCAAGCAGAAUUUGCAAAAAAAAAAAAAAAUGCUCUUAAUCACGUGCUAGUAAGUUAACCAAAAAUUAACGAAUGACCAAUUA